AUGAAGACCAUAGAUCUUAUAAGGCUCGGCCUUCAGCCCUCGGCGGCCCUUGCUGCAAGGAUAGCGCUGCCGUCUUGCCUCAAGUCGCUCACUUUUGCGAUCAAUUCUCCUCCUUUCAACGCCAUCAUCUCCCCAUCAGCAUCUCCAUUCACCGGGCUAAAGGAGCUGCUCAUCACCAGCUGCGGUGGGCUCACGGACCUUCCAGACCACAUUGGAGACUCGCUUCCGGGCCUUCGCAAGCUCACCAUUCGCGAAUGCCCUUUUCUUUUUAGCCUGCCUGAAAGCUUCGCUUCCCUAGGCCGGCUGGAAACGCUCAUACUCUAUAAAUGCGGUCUCAGUUCCUUACCCAGCAACUUCGGUCACUUACCUGCCCUCAAACUGCUGGUGCUGGAGCUAUAUUCUCUCUCGGAGCUCUCUCCUUCCUUCUGCCAUCUCACGUCACUUGAGGCACUCUUUUUAUCUGGAUGCACCCUGCUUCGCCAGCUGCCAGAAGGUUUCUGCCGCCUCACAGCUCUCAAGGCUCUCUGCAUCGACGAAUGUGACUGUCCCUUACCAGACGAACUAGGGGCCCUUGCAAACCUCAAGGCCCUCUCUUAUUUCUGCUACAGACAGCCCUCUACUGCUUCAUUCACGGAGCUGGUUUCCUUGACGAGCCUUCAAAUGCUUGGCCGCGGGGAGAAAUUCCAGGUGCCGGAAGCUGUGGGGGAGAUGAGCAACCUUCGGGAGCUGAAGAUCUAUGCCAGUUUAGUCUACACGUUGCCCAUGUCGCUCUUCCAGCUCACUGGGCUCCAAACCUUGGUGAUCGGCCAAUUCUACCGACUCUUAGAACUACCCUCGAGGCUGGAUUCGCUUGUGGGGCUUAAGACACUGGAGCUGACUCAUUGUGAGCAGCUGAGUACACCCCCUGCUGGUCUGCCAACCUCUCUUGAAACCCUCUGCUUGGGGCCCUUCAAGAAAGGCUCUUCCGUUGUAGUGGAUAUCUCACAGCUGUCGCAGCUGAGGGUGCUGAAGCUGCACGGGGUUGGGGCAACAUGCGGGCCUGCAGGGAGCAGCAGGUGGUCGUGUUUGCAGCAGCUGGAGCAGCUAGAUUUGUGUUUGGAAGGUUGCAGCCAGAAGCUCCCGAUUCCCCUGGCUUUGGUUUCUCUCCCUCGUCUGCGCAGCUUGCGGAUAAAUGCAAAGAAAAUCCGGAGCCUCCCGGAAAACCUGGCAGCAGCGUUGCCGGAGCUGCGGCAGCUAGAGCUUAGUUCUUGGACUCGGGAGGAGCUGCGGGGAAGCAUACUGCAGCUCACCUCACUGACGUCACUAAAGAUCCGCGCACCUCAACUGAGGUCACUGCCUGAAGGCAUGACCUCGCUGGUUCGGCUGAGCAAACUGGAGCUGAUUGACUGCAAGGCCUUGCAGCACCUUCCGGAGUUUCUCACGCAGCUGCACCAGCUGGUACUCCAAGGCACCUCCAUCCGAGACCCUCCUGCAAAUCUGGUGCCACUGUUUGAUGAGCUUCAGCUGACUGAGUGA